AUGGCUCGUUACGGUUACGAUUAUUGCUGCAAUCCCCAGCAACAAGUGCUGCCUGGGGAGCCGCCGGGGCCGGGGCCGGGGCGGGCAGACGGCGCGGCCCCGUGGGACCCGGAGCGGGCGCCCGGCGCUGCGGGACAGCCCCGGCACGGUGUGUGUGGGGGUAGGGAGCGGGGUGCCCCGAUCGAGCGGAGCCACGAUGACGAAUACCGGCGCCGGGGGCAGCGGGGCCGGGCACGGAGCGUGGGGCAGACCCGGACCCGCACCCGCUCCACUGCUCCAGUCCGGGCUCGGCUGGGCAGGGCAGGGCCGUGGCUGCGUGGGGGCUCGCGGGGCUCCGCACCCCCACGGUGCCCGCAGGAGCCCCCUGAGCUCCGCGGGGCGGGCGGGCCGGGGCUUUUAGCGGAGGCUGCUCAAAUAUUCAGCUCCAUUUCCGCCGCGCGGGGCUGGGCGGCUCCUUCUGCCGCGCUCUCGCCCUUCGCGGCAACCCGGCGCAUCGGGCACCCCUACCAGAACCGCACGCCGCCCAAGCGGAAGAAGCCGCGCACCUCCUUCAGCCGCGUGCAGAUCUGCGAGCUGGAGAAGCGCUUCCACCGCCAGAAGUACCUGGCGUCGGCCGAGCGAGCCACCCUGGCCAAGGCCCUCAAGAUGACGGACGCGCAGGUCAAGACCUGGUUCCAGAACCGCCGCACCAAGUGGAGGAGGCAGACGGCGGAGGAGCGCGAGGCGGAGCGGCAGCAGGCCAACCGGCUGAUGCUGCACCUGCAGCAGGAGGCCUUCCAGAAGAGCCUGAGCCAGCCGCUGCCGCAGGACCCGCUCUGCAUGCACAACUCCUCGCUGUACGCCCUGCAGAACCUGCAGCCCUGGGCCGAGGACAAUAAGGUGACGUCCGUCUCAGGGGUGGCUUCCGUGGUCUGAGGGCGCUGCGUGGCGGAGGGGACCCCCUGCGCCCCCGGGGGCCCCGAACUGGCCAGGAGGCGGCGGCGGGCGGUUCAGCCUGGAGGGGUGUGAGGCGGCCCCGUCACCCCGUGGUAGGGAGGGGGCUGCUGCUUCCCGGUGCCGUCCCGAGUGGCAGCCCCCUCCCCACACCGCAUCCGGGCCCCCUCGCUGCCCCAAGGGAGCAACAGCCCUGGGCAAGCGGACUCUGGGCUCUGGCCCCCUCCCACCCACACCCCUUGUGCCUCUGCCAGCCCGGACCCUCUGGGGGGGCCGCCCACCCCGUGCAGCUCCUUGAGGCCCGGUUCCCCCAUCAGCAGCUCCAUGUGCUGGGCCAGCCCCUCAGCACCCAUCCUGCCCAGGGAGGGCAAAGCCGGGGGUGGGGGUGGCACCCCCCUGGACUCUCACAUUCCCGGUGCUGGAAACUCGCUGCUGCCAGGGGGGCAGUGUCCCCCACAAGCGCCGUCUUACCUGGAUGAGUCGGAGUUCAGCAGCUGUGGCUUCCAGCUGGGGGGGUCCCAUCCCCCCAUCCCUGGCCCCAGCGUUCCCUGCGCGCCGGACAGAUGGAGCUCGUUGGCCACACGGGUCCCGGUGCUCCUGGCUCCCACCUGCUGUGCUGGGCCUGGACGAUGGGCACAGGGUCCCCCCACGUAGCAGCGGGUGGCAGCAGCCCCCCCCCCGGGGCCACCUCCACCUCCUCCCCGCGCUGUGUCUCGGUGUGGGACUGAACUUUCGGUCUGGCACGAUGCAGACAACGUGAGCAACGGCGCUGCCGGGUCUCCGCUGCAGGAACCGUCCCCAGCAAAAUUCUGCCCACCCAGCAGCGGGGUGCAGCCAGGCCAGGACUUGGGCGAUGCAGGGCUGGGCCACGGGACCCUCCCCAGCCCGCUCCAGGUGGGGUCCCGACCCCAACCCUAAUCGUGACCCCGAUCUCGUCCUUGACCUCCCCGCUGACCUCGACCUCACCCCUGAUCCCAACCCGGCCUCCGCUGUCCGUGGUGCCGCCGGGACGCGAAGGGGCGUACGGGAACCGCCCCCGGGAACCGAGCGCGUGCACCGGUCCCCGCCGGGACCGCGGGGACCGCUGCCGGAACCGGGACCCCUCGGGGCGUACCGGGAGCCAGGGGUGACGGCGGGACGGCGCCCGCCCCCCGUCGGGUCUC